AUGCAGCAGGAUGUGCUGCGCUUCGGAAGGUUGGAUGUUAAAGUUUCUAAGGCUGGCACAUUCCCAGCUUCUGAAUUGGUGCGUGGGGCUAUACCGCCAACAGGAGAAGCAAUGCUUGAUGCUGAAGAUAGAAGCGCGAAUAGGGUCGUUGGCCAGAAUGAUGAAAGGCUGUGUGUAAAGAUACACACAAGUGAGUUUGAUAUCAACACGAAGAUCAUCGAGAUAGUAAUUACCAUGAUAUAG